GUAUUUUUAGGGGACAGCAGCAGCUGCAAAAGCAUUUAAUGGUCUUCUGCGAACAAUGACACCAAGGGUGCUCCGGGACUCUUGAAGAGCCACACAGGAGGCCAAGGGGGAUCAGGGAAUUACACUGAGAAAGGCACUGAGUGGGACGGGAAGAGUGAGUGUAGCAAGUCUGAGAAGAGACGGACAGACAGUCAGACACACAAGACUAAAAGAAGAGAAAAACAACAGGGUUUUGAGAGGGUUACACUGGGUAAUUAGAAACAUAGACACACACACAUAUAUAUGUAUAUAUAUAUAUAUACACACACAGGGGACAAGUGUAUAUGAGAAUAGAGUGGUGAAAGAACUGUAAGGAGAUACAGACAAGCGUUAAGAAGCAUAGAGAAAGUAAAAGAAAGAAGGAAUUUAACCACUAAGAGUAGCAGAGGAGACAAGAAACUGAGGUAAAGCAUUUACUCUGAUGACAUAAACACUGGACAAAGGACAAGUACCUCGAAAACUUUGCAGGAAACUUGAAUGGCUGACACAUUCUUCCCCUGCUGAUGGUUUUAAGAAAAACUUGUGUUUGAGGAUUACUGGCCCGCAGUAUUACUGUUUAUGAGACUGCAUGCCUGCAGAGUCCAGCGUGAGGUGAAGCUGGCCAGCAAGCAGUGAUGGAUGUGUUUGGUGGUGCCCCACGCUUCCUGGCAUACCCUCGCCCCCUGGUGGUGCAGGGUGGCACUGACGCCGUGCUGAAGUGUCAGAUCGCUGGGGACCCCCGGCCAGCCGUCAUCUGGGAGCGAGCUAAUAAGCAGCUCCACCCUGAUGGACGUUACCGCCUCUUUGAAGAUGGCAAUAUCUACAACCUUAUCAUUUCCAGAGUGGGGGCGGAGGACAGUGGGCAGUAUAUCUGCAAGGCCAAAAACAGCAUUGGGGAGACCUACGCCGCAGCUACUCUUAAGGUCGAGGGAGAGGCACCAGAGAGGGCGCUACGAGAGGAGAACAAGCCUCACUUCCUCAUCAAGCCUCUCUCAGUUCGAGUCGGCCGAAGUGAAGAUGCCGUCUUCUCCUGCAAGCUGUGGGGCAAGCCCCGGCCGGAGAUCAUCUGGGAGAAGGACGGCAAGAAACUGAAUGACAUUUUCGAAAGUGCUCACUUUAGCAUCGGCCACCAGGACGGGGGCUGGUUCCAGCUGAAGAUCUUUCAGACCCGGGCCCCCGAUGCAGGAGUCUACACCUGCCGGGCCAGGAAUGAGCAUGGUGAAGCGCUGGCUGGAGCGGUUUUGUUGGUAGAUGCCGGGCCAGGACAUGAGGAGGAGGCAGCGACCCUUAAUGGGUACGUCAAUGGUAACUGGAAGCACCAUCAGGGCAAGCGUGGUUCCAUGCUUAGUGGCACUCAUAAUAUCGAGGAGCCUGCGCCCAACUCGGCUAAAGUGAAAAUGUUCACAGUUUCGGAAGGCAAGCAUGCCAAGUUCCGUUGCUACGUGACAGGGAAACCCAAACCAGAGAUUGUGUGGAGGAAGGAUGGCGUUGUGAUAAUGUCUGGGAGGCGGUAUCUGUUGUAUGAAGAUCGGGAAGGCUACUUCACGCUGAAAGUGCUCUACUGUAAGCAGCAAGACAAUGGGCUUUAUGUCUGUGCUGCCUCCAACACGGCAGGACAGACCCUUAGUGCUGUGCAUCUCAACGUCAAAGAGCCGGCAGUGCGGUUCAAGCAGCCCCUGAAUGAUGUGGAGGUACGUGAGCGAGAGCUGGCUGUGCUGGAGUGUGAGGUCUCUGUGGACUCCGUUCCUACCACCUGGUAUCUGGAAGAUCGGCGACUGCAGCCAGGAGCAAAGUAUGGCAUUGAGCAGUGUGGUACAGUGCGUCGACUCACCAUCCGAGACAUUGGGGCAGAUGAUGAUGGAAUCUAUCUCUGUGAGAUGGCUGAUGGAGGGAGGAGUAUUGCUGAGGUGUCUGUCAGAGGUACAAUUGUGCGCAAGCUUCCCCGGAAGGUGGAUUUAUUAGAAGGGGAGAAUGCUGCUUUCUGCGUGGAGGUUGAGGAUGAAGAGAUGGACAUUCAUUGGUUCAAAGAUGGACUAGAGCUUCGAGAGACGCACCAAACUAUCCUAAAAUCCUUUGGCAAAACCCACAUCCUCGUCUUUGUCAAUGCAACACCCCAAGACUCUGGGAUUGUGACUUUUGUAGUGGGCAGAUCCAAGACUUCUUCACAGCUCCGUGUCAAGGCGGUCCGGCAGUCUCCACCCAGUUGCCCGGUGGGUGUGCAGAUGAACACGGAGCGUUCAAACUCAGCGUUGCUGUCCUGGGUCCCGGCACACGAUUCACGCAAGAACCCCCCCACAGGGUACGUGCUGGAGAGGCAGGAGGUGGGCUCCCAGGAGUGGCUGCAGUGCCUGACCACAGACCUAGCCAGUGCGGUGGAGAUCCUGGGCGACAGCGUGCCCUCUGAGGCAGACUACCGGUUCCGCAUCUGCAGCGUCAACAAGUACGGCAGGAGCGGCCACGUGGAGUUCUCAUCAGUCGUCCACCUAGUGCCAGUGGCUCGGAUAAAAACGCCUCUACAGGAUGUCCUGGUGUCUGAGGGCAAAGAUGCUGAGUUUUCCAUUGAGCUGUCUGCCCUGGUGAUCGGGACCUGGUUUUUAAAUGGUUCCCAAAUCCAGGAGGAUGAGAGGUACACCAUACACCGCUCCCGUACAGAGCAUUCCCUGCGUCUCAAAGCUACGAAUCCGUCUGAUAACAGGUCUGAAAUCACCUUCAUUGCCUACGGAGUGAGGGACUCGGCAAUGCUCUAUGUGCAACCUCCACCGGUGAAGUUUGAGUCUCUACCAGAGAUGGACCGCAACAAAAAAACUGAAGCAGGCAGCCCUAUUGUCCUGUACUGUGAACUGUCAGACGCCAACGCGCAGGUCCAUUGGUACAAGGAUGGGGUGGAGUUACACACUCAAGAAGGAAUUCAUGUCCAAUCAGAAGGCACCAUGAGGAGGCUGGUCAUCCAAUCCGCAGAUUUCUCUCAUUCGGGGGAGUACAGGUGUGACGCCAUUGAUGAUGUCCUGAAAUUUAACGUGGAGGUUGAAGCUCGACGGGUGAAGUUUGCAGCACUUUCGUUGAUGGACCGCCACAAAAACAUUGAAUCGGGCAGCCCCAUUGAGCUGUGCUGUGAACUGUCAAACCCCAAUACUCAGGUCUGCUGGUACAAGGAUGGAAUGGCGCUUCACCCACAGGAUGGGUUUGACAUCCAAUCAGAGGGCACCAAGAGGCAGCUGGUCAUCCAAUCAGCAGAGGCCUCCCACUCUGGGGUGUAUAGCUGUGACGCCGUUGAUGAUGUCAUCAAAUUUAACGUGGAUGUUGAAGUAGCUCCACCUGUGAAGUUUGCAGCCAUGUCAGAGAUGGACCGUCACAAAAGCAUUGAAUCGGGCAGCCCCAUUGAGCUGUGCUGUGAACUGUCUAAUCCCAACACUCGGGUACGCUGGUACAAGGAUGGAACGGAGCUCCACCCACAGGAAGGAUUUGACAUCCAAUCAGUGGGAAGCACAAGGAGGCUGGUCAUCCAAUCAGUAGAGGUCUCCCACUCAGGGGUGUACUGUUGUGACGCUGUUGAUGAUGUCAUCAAAUUCAAUGUGGAUGUUGAAGCUCCACCGGUGAAGUUUGCAGCCCUGUCAGAGACUGACCGCAACAAAAGCAUUGAAUCGGGCAGCCCCAUUGAGCUGUUCUGUGAACUGUCUAAUCCCAACACUCGGGUACGCUGGUACAAGGAUGGAAUGGAGCUCCACCCACAGGAAGGCUUUGACAUCCAAUCAGAGGGAAGCACAAGGAGGCUGGUCAUCCAAUCAGCAGAGGUCUCCCACUCAGGGGUGUACUGUUGUGAUGCUGUUGAUGAUGUCAUCAAGUUUAACGUGGACAUUGAAGCUCCUCCUGUGAAAUUUAAUCCACUUCCUGAAGCCGACCUUCACAAAAGCAUCGUUGAGUCCUCUCCUGUGGUGCUGUACUGUCAGGUGUCUCGCCCCGACGCUCCUGUGCGCUGGUACAAGGAUGGAAUUGAAAUCCAACCAAGCGAUGGCAUUACUGUUCAAUCUGACAAAACAAUGAGGCGACUGGUUAUCCAAUCAUCAAAACUCUCAGACUCUGGGGUUUACACCUGCCAUGCAGUAGAUGAUGCAGUGGUUUUCAAUGUGAACAUUCAAGAGCCACCUGUGACUGUAGUACAUCCAAGGGGGGAUGUCCAUCUGGAGCACCAGGUUUCUGAACAAAUUGUGUUGAGCUGUGAGCUGUCCCGCUCCAAUGCAGCUGUGCACUGGUACAAGGAUGGCCAAGAGCUCUUGGAAAGCGAUGAUGUCAUCCUGGAAUCUGAGGGACCUCACAGGAGACUAAUUAUCCUCCAGGGACGCCCUGAAAAUUCUGGGGAGUACGUUUGUGACACAGCAGACGACUCCAUUUUCUAUCAGGUUACAGUGACAGAACCUGCAGUCCAGAUCGUGUCCCCCAGCCAGUCCCCCAUGGUGUUAGAAUUCCUCACAGAAGAGUGUGUGGUGCUGAGCUGCGAGGUCUCUCGACCCAAUGCAGAUGUGCGCUGGUACCAGGAUGGGCUAGAGUUAGAGGAGACGGAAGAUCUCAUCCUGGAGACCGAAGGAGUCCACAGGAGGCUCAUUAUCCCCAAGGCUGCAGUCCAAGACUCUGCUGAAUACAUCUGUGACGCAGUUGAUGAUUCAGUGACCUUCAUGGUGAAAAUUACAGAACCGCCAGUGAAGUUUGUGCGGCCUCACAAAGCCCCUGGGGCUGUGAAAGUUUUCGUGGGAGACCCUGUGGUGCUGGAGUGUGAAGUCUCCCAUUCUAAUGCGAAGGUGAGCUGGCGGAAAGAGGGACAGGAGAUGGAGGACAGCAAAGAGGUCACCAUCGAGGAGGUUGGAGUUCUUCGGCGGCUGACCAUCCACUCCCCCAAGCUGGAGGAUUCUGGGAAUUACUUUUGUGACGCCAAAGACGAGACAAUGGAUUUCAGAGUGAAAGUUACUGAGGCACCAGUGCAGAUCAAGCGGAAAGGGGAACUGAAGACUCAGCAGCAGGUUAUGGUUUCAGACGAUGUUGUCCUGGAGUGUGAGCUCUCUCGAGCCAAUGGGACCAUCAAGUGGUACAAGGACGGAGAGAAAAUCACAGAUAAUGAGCGUGUCUGCCUGGAGGAGGAGGGGGCUUUCCGCUCGCUGGUCAUCCUGAAUGCAGAGACCUCAGACUCAGGGGAAUACUUCUGUGAUGCCUGUGACGACAGUGUUGUGUUCCAUGUCUGUGUGAAAGAGCCACCAGUGACCAUUAUAGGAAAUUCUGACAGCCCUGAGCACCACAGUCUGAUUGCUGGUGAUGACCUUGUGUUGUCCUGUGAACUCUCCCGGUCCAACGCCACGGUGGAGUGGUACUGCAACGGGAAGCCCCUGUCCUCAGAAGACUCCCGUAUCUGCAUAGAGACCAUCGGCUCAGUGCGCCAGCUGGUCAUCUCAGGCCUUCGACCCUCAGAUUCAGCCGAAUACAUCUGCAAUGCAGGCGAUGACAAAAUGGUUACCACGGUAACUGUAAAAGAGCCACCUGUUCAAAUUCUGAACAAAGAAGAUGCGAAGGAGUCAAUUGAUGUUGUGGAGAAUGACAGCGUGACGCUGUGUGCGCGGGUCUCCAAGGAAGACGCCGCGGUGCAGUGGUUAAAGAACUGGAAGGACAUAAGUGGGGAACGCUACUGCGCAAGCAGUGACGGGAAGUCCCGCCUCUUCAGCAUUCGCAAAGUGCAGCUGUCAGACAGCGGAGUGUACACAUGUGAUGCCUUCAGUGAUGAAAUUCACUUCACCUUGCAGGUCAAAGCGGCUCCCAUCAAGUUUGAACGCAAACAGGAGAAACCAGAGGACGUGUUUGCCACAGAAACUGAAAACACCAUCAUGUCAGCAGUGGUGUCUAGUGAAAAAAGUGAGGUGAAGUGGCUCCGUCACCAGAGCCAGAUCUUUGACAGUGAGAAGUACGAGACGAGGGUGGAGGGCAGAGUUCACAGCCUCAUUGUGAAGAACACAUCCAAGGAAGACUGCGGCAUGUAUACCUGCAUCUCUCAGGACGAUGAAAUGGUGUUUGUCGUCAGUGUGAAAGAGCUGAAGUUGAAUUUUGUCCGAAGUUUGGAAGAGGUCUACGCUUACAAGGACGACACGAUCAUUCUACGUUGCGAGCUCUGCAAACCCAAGGGAGAUGUCCAGUGGCUGAAAGAUGGCCAACAGAUCCUUCCCAGCAGACAUCUUGCUAUGAAGGCCGAAGGUCGUGAGCGCUCACUGACCAUUCACCGUGCUACAGGCAACGACACCGGGGAGUAUGUCUGUGAAUCCAAAGAUGACAAAACAUGUGCCAGAGUUACUGUGGAGAUGCCUCGGGUGGUGGAGGUCAUCGCAGAACUGCACAACGUCACCGUGCUGGAAGGGGAAGACGCCACAUUGAAGUGCGUUGUGUCACCAGAAGAUGCCAAGCUGGUGUGGCACAGGAACGGCAAUGUGGUUGUUCCAGAUGACAAGUUUGUGGUGUCCAGGAAAGGGCUGUGUCACACACUGACCAUCCGGGACUGCCAGCUUACAGAUAGCUCCAAGGUGACGGCUGAGGCUGAGGGGGUGGUGUCGAAGGCAAACCUUCAGGUUCAGGAAGCGCAGGUCCUGUUCACAAAGAAGAUGGAAGCCGUGAUUGCAGAGGAGCACGGGGAGGCCACGCUGGAAGUGGAGGUCAGUCUGGAGUCAGGGGAGGUCCAGUGGAUGAGACAGGGUGUGGUCAUCCAGCCCAGCCCCAAAUUCACACUGAGUGCGAAAGGGAGGAAGCGCAGCCUCACUGUCCACAACCUCACCUUCUCAGACCGGGGCACCUUCCGCUGCGAGACUCUACAUGACCGGACACAGGGCAAGCUCAACGUGGAGCCCAGGAAAAUCUCAAUCAAGAAAGGCCUGACGGAUACAGAAACGUUAGAGCGGGAGACGGCCUCGUUUGAGGUGGAGGUCUCGCACGUAGAUGUGGAGGGGGUGUGGCAGAAGGACGGGAUCCGCAUCAAACCCAACAAUAACUGGCGAGUCAGCACCCAUGGGAGAGUGCACGCACUCACCCUGUACAACCUCACACUGGAGGACAGCGGCACCGUCACCUUCAGUGCAGAGAGUGUGAGAACAUCAGCAAGACUCACUGUGAAAGAACCCCCAGUGAUGUUCCUGAGAGCUCUGGAGGAUCUCCGGAUACCCGAAAGCUCUGGAGCAUCGCUUGAGUGUGAGCUGUCCAGACAAAAUGCAGAUGUUAAGUGGUUAAAGAACGGAGAGGAGCUGAAACCAGGGAAGAACUAUCGCAUCUACUCAAUGGGGAGGAAGCGGUUUCUUCAGAUAACGAAGUGCGGGAUCGCAGAUUCAGGGACUUACACCUGCGACGCUGUGGACAGCAAAGUGACCGCUGUCUUGGAUGUCUAUGAGCGGGAUGUGGAGAUAGUGCAAGGACUGCAGGAUGCUAAUAUCCAGGAAGACAAGAACGCUGUAUUUAUGUGCGAGGUGUCAGUGGAGGAUGUGAAGGGUGAGUGGCUGAGAAACGGGGAGAAAAUCAGGCCCACCAGCAAUGUCAGAAUUCGUCAGGAAGGGAAUAAGCACUUCCUCCUGAUUUGCAAUGUGAAGGCAGAGGAUUCUGGGAAGAUUACAUUUGUUGCUAAACAAGCAGAAUCCACAGCCAACCUGGAAGUGGAAGAGCUCCCAGUGCAGAUCGUGAAGCCCCUGCGUGAUAAGACCGCCCUGGAGAAGCACCGUGUGAUCCUGGAGUGCACCGUGUCAAACCCACGAUGCAGUGUGCGCUGGUACCAAGGAGAGACCCUCAUCCUGCCCUCAGACCACUACGAGAUCUGCAGCGAGGGCUGCUACCGCAAAUUGGUCAUCCAGCAUGUCACUGCCAUGGAUGAGGGGACUUACAGUGUCCAGGUUGGGGAGCAUGAGUCCUCUGCGCGCCUGUUAGUGGAAGAGCAGGCUAUCCUGGUGGUGCGACAGCUGGAGGAUGUGGAAGUGAAGGCCCCGGAAGAAGCCCGCUUUGAGUGCGAGAUCUCCGUGCCCAUUGUCAAGCCACCCCAGUGGAGUCUGAACGGGCAGCCCCUGCAGAACGGGAAUGGGGUUCGAAUGGAGAGUGCCGGCACAGUGCACAGGCUCAUCCUGAAGGAGACCUCGUCUGAAAUGGUUGGAAUCGUCAAAUUCACUACUGGAAAAGCCCGGUCAAGCGCGAGGCUCAGUAUCAAGUGUUGAUUGUCCCUAAAUGGACUAGAGAAGGAAAAGAAAUGACAAGAAAAUACAGAAAACCUGGAGCUUCUCAUGAUUACUACUAGAAUGUAUUUUUUAACUUAUUUAAAUAUUUUUUGUUUUGGGGAGGGGGUGUCAAGGUUUGCUCUAAUUUAUGAGUCUAUGUGUUUUUGAUGAUUAUCGCCUUGUGUUUCACACACAUUGUAAAGGUGAGGGAGAGAGAGGUAUGUGAUGCCAGUACAAUAAAGGUUGUGGCACAAGUUUGGAAUGCAAGUAGCACAAAAACUUGGUAAAAAUCCAUUUGUACAUCUUCUGUGGGGAGAAAAAAGGUUUUCUAAGGAGGGCUUUUCUUCAAAACAAAACUACAUUGAUAUUUUUGAAGAUAACAGGCCCUCAUGGGUUGUGACAAAUAGCCAUUGUCAUAACUUUAGAGAGGUAAUUUUACAGAAUGAAAUACCAAGAACGCUUUGAAAUUAAUAACAUUGCAACGUGACUGUCAAGGCAUUGCUACUAUACAUAACUGCCGACUAAAAUGAAGAAAUCAUUUUUUGUUUAACAAAUAUCGUACUACUCCUGGAGCUCCAAUUCGGUUUUCACUCCUUGACUAACAGGCAAUUGCUCCUAGUUGCUUUCACAAAAGGGAACUUAUCCAAAACUCUUAAUGCACUACCAAAAAAUUUUUUCUUACACUUUCAAUACUGUACUGUAGUGUACAAAUACCAGGAGCGUGGGCAGUUCUGCUAGUGCAGUGGCAUUAUGGGGCAAAUGGGAGCCAUAGUCAUGUUGCCUUAUACAGCAAAUGGUUCUGAGUUAUGAAGCACUGCUACUUAAAGGGGCAGCACAGUAGUUUGUGAUGAAUUACAUGUUAAGGUUUAUCGUGAAUGUGUGCGGAACAUUCUGCUUAGUUUGAAUUCUCAUACACGAUUAAUUUCUAUUAUUAACACUUAAUAUUUUGUUCAUGCUUUACUGACCAUACUGUAGCUAUUAUUAACAACACUGGUUUCUCAUUGAUAUGUUUGUAAUUUAUUAUCUAGGAAAAACAUAGGACAGUAUUUCUUAGUUCCUAUUGGUGUGGGUUCUGGUUUGUUACAUUGACUUCUUGUAAUAGCCUUUUCAACCCCUUGCCCUUUGACCUCUGUCUACUGUUCCUCACUUCCUCCACCCUCCAGUCUAGGUGUUAGAUAGCUCUUUUUUGUUAGCAGGAGCUGGAUUCUCUAAAUAAAGCAGCCACAUACGAAAAAACUGCCCUCUGUUAUUCCAACUCGUGUGCAUAAAAUCAGAAUACAGUGAAACCUGAAUUAAGGAGGCCACCAAAGGCACUGUGCCACUUAACAGCUUUUAAAUACAGAUUUGUACAACUGUUCUUGUAAACAGCUUCUGGUCUUUCACAAAAUUAAAACGAUACCAAACAUAGGAAUGUACUAAAUUAAAUGAGUGGAAGACUAGGACAGCCUUCUUUUAAAAUAACACAGGUUGAUAAACAAAACUACUGACAUUACUUUGAAAUACAUGACAGAGCUGGGCAAUAUGCUUGAAGUUGCUAUUCAGUGUGUUUUACUCACAGUUUUGUUGCAAAUGUAAUCGGUUUCUUUUUUGCACAUUGCUUCUAAACAAAAUAACAGAGGCAUUUAGACAAAAUUCAAGGCUGUAUGAUAUUUAUGAGAGUUCAUGUUCAAUACAGUAAAAUACAUUUAUUAUUAAUAAUAAUAAUAAUAAUAAUAAUAAUA